AUGACGCGCGCGCGAGCGACCGCGCGCGCGACGAAAAAUGUUUCCACGCGAACCCCGACGCGCGCGCGCGCGGGGGCGCGAGAGGCUGAGGUCGCGGACUCCACGGUCGCGGCGACGCUCAUGGCGGUCGCGACGCUCGCGAGCGCGGGCGCGGCUAAGGCUGACUUCGCGCCCGCCCCGGAACCCACCCAGGCGGUGGCGGAACAGCGGGGCGAGAGCAACUCUAUUUUCGCGUCUCAAUCGCAAGAGGCGCCGGCGGUGACGAACGCGGACGGCUUGCCGGAGGGCAUCAACUGGCGUUACAGCGAGUUCAUCAGAGCCGUGACGAGCGGCAAGGUUGAGCGCGUGCGCUUCUCCAAGGAUGGCUCCGCGCUUCAACUGACCGCGGUGAACGGCGCUCGCGCCACCGUGAUCUUACCGAAUGACCCGGAUCUCGUUGACAUCUUGGCCAAGAAUGGCGUCGACAUCUCCGUCAGCGAGGGUGAACAACAGGGUAACGUUGCGUCCUUGAUCGGCAACCUCUUGUUCCCGCUCGUCGCCUUUGGUGGCUUGUUUUUCCUGUUCCGCCGCGCGCAAGGCGGCGAGGGUGGCAUGGGCGGUAUGGGUGGUAUGGGCGGUGGCCCGAUGGACUUCGGAAAGUCCAAGUCCAAGUUCCAAGAAGUCCCGGAAACCGGCGUUACCUUCGCCGACGUCGCCGGCGUCGAGGGCGCCAAGUUGGAAUUGCAAGAAGUCGUCGACUUCUUGAAGAACCCGGACAAGUACACGGCGCUCGGCGCCAAGAUCCCGAAGGGUUGCCUCUUGGUCGGACCUCCGGGUACGGGUAAGACGCUCAUCGCCAAGGCGGUCGCCGGUGAAGCAGGUGUGCCGUUCUUCUCGUGCGCCGCUUCCGAGUUCGUCGAACUCUUUGUCGGUGUCGGUGCGUCGCGCGUUCGCGAUUUGUUCGAAAAAGCCAAGGCAAAGGCUCCGUGCAUCAUCUUCAUCGAUGAAAUCGAUGCCGUUGGUCGUCAGCGCGGUUCCGGCAUGGGUGGCGGCAACGAUGAGCGUGAGCAAACUAUUAACCAGCUCCUCACCGAGAUGGACGGGUUCGAAGGCAACACUGGCGUCAUCGUCCUGGCUGCCACGAACCGACCGGACGUUCUCGAUAGUGCUCUUCUUCGCCCGGGCCGUUUCGACCGUCAAGUCACCGUCGACCGACCGGAUGUCGCCGGCCGUAUCCGCAUCCUCAAGGUGCACGCCCGCGGCAAGACGCUCGCCAAGGAUGUCGACUUCGACAAGAUAUCGCGCCGAACCCCGGGCUUCACCGGCGCUGACUUGGAGAACCUCAUGAACGAAUCCGCGAUUCUCGCCGCUCGGCGUGGUUUGACGGAGAUCUCCAAGGAAGAGAUUGCCGAUGCGCUCGAGCGCAUCAUCGCUGGUGCCGCCAGAGAAGGUGCGGUCAUGUCUGAGAAGAAGAAGCGACUCGUGGCGUACCACGAGGCUGGCCACGCCCUCGUGGGCGCGCUCAUGCCGGAUUACGAUCCCGUGACCAAAAUCUCCAUCGUCCCACGUGGUAAUGCCGGUGGCUUGACCUUCUUCGCCCCGAGCGAAGAGCGUCUCGAGUCCGGCCUCUACUCUCGCACGUACCUGGAGAACCAAAUGGCUGUCGCCAUGGGUGGCCGCGUCGCCGAGGAACUCAUCUUCGGCGCCGAGGAUGUCACCACCGGUGCUUCCAGCAAGUGA